ACCUAAACAUGUUAUGUUAAUGUUCACCAUAAUUGCUCCUUCCGCUAUCUGUUUUGGGGCUGUUUACAGGGUUGGUGAUGCUUCAGGAUGGCAUCCCAUGUUUAAUUACACUAAGUGGGCGUCUUCCAACAAGUUCCACGUUGGUGACACUAUUCGUUUUGAAUAUAAUGCCAUCUUUCACAAUGUGAAGGAAGUGACUGAACCAAAUUACCGAGCAUGCAAUGGAACUAAGGCAAUAGCCACCUAUUUUUCUGGCAAUGAUUCAUUCACCUUGGACCACCCUGGACAUCGUUACUUCCUUUGUGGCUUUCCCUAUCAUUGCAGAUAUGGGCAGAAGGUUGAGAUCUACGUCGUCGGUGAAGGUACCAGCCCCUGCCCCAGUCCAUCUCCGGUUGCUGAUAAGAAUCCUGCUAAUAGUGCAUCAUCCUCACACCAUAUUUUUAGUGUUCAGUUUGUUACCAAAUACUUGGCUAUGGUCAUCCUCGUCCUUUUUUAUUUAUUUUGACUGAGGAAAUUGUAGGUUGCAAUGAUAGAUUGGGGUAUUGGACAUUUCUCCUAGGUGUUAG